CGUUCAUUGUUCACACAUCUGUUUCUGUUCAGAAGGUUCAGGACUAUGCCAAACUGAAUGGGUGAAACGACCUAAACUGCUGGCUAGAAGUCGGAGCUUUAUAAGAGCACUUGAACGCGUCCUGAGUUCAAUGCUGGUCAGUCACUCCUCGGCUGUAAACAGACAGUGCGCUCAACUCCAGCUGGAUCCGACCAGAACUCAGUCAAACUACCCCAAAAAAAAAACAUGCACUGAGUGAGUAUCGACAGAGAAAAAGGAGGGAGCACGACCACUGUAUCUCCUUCAAAGUCAGACAAGGUCCUCUCCUGUGUCCACAAUGACCGUCCUCGAGGACGGUGACAUGAGCACCUUCGGCCCGGAGCUGCCGGCCAUGUUCGACGGCGUGAAGCUGGCGGCGGUGGCGACUGUCCUCUACGUCAUCGUCCGCUGUCUGAACCUGAAGAGCAGCACAGAGCCUCCAGAGCUGGUCUACCAGGACACGCCGCUCAGCCGCUACCUCUUCAAAUCCUGCACGAUGCUGACCAAAGAAUACAUUCCUCCAUUGUUGUGGGGUAAGAGUGGACAUCUCCAGACGGCCCUGUACGGAAAGAUGGGGCGUGUCAGCACUCCGACGCUCCACGGGGUCCGCAUGUUCCUCCCCAUGCAGGACGGGGCCACAGCGACCUUUGACCUCUUUGAAGCUCUCGGAGAUCACAGCACAGGAGAUGACGUAACCAUGGUAAUCUGCCCUGGGAUCGGUAACCAUAGCGAGAAAAACUACAUCCGUACCUUUGUGGAUCACUCCCAGCGGCAGGGUUACCGCUGCGCUGUCCUCAACCACCUGGGAGCCCUGCCCAACAUGGAGCUCACCUCGCCCCGCAUGUUCACCUAUGGUUGUACCUGGGAGUAUGCCGCCAUGGUGGGCUACAUCAAACGAGCUUUCCCUGAGACGCUGCUGGUGGUCGUGGGCUUCAGUCUGGGGGGAAACAUCGCCUGUAAGUUCUUGGGUGAGAGCCCAUCCAACCAGGACCGGGUGCUCUGCUGUGUCACCGUCUGUCAGGGUUACAGCGCUCUCAAAGUCCAGGAAACAUUCCUUCAGUGGGAUCAGUGCAGGAGACUCUACAACUUUAUGCUGGCGGACAAAAUGAAGAAGCUCAUCCUGUCACACAGGAGCAGUUUUCUCAGCCUGAACUCCAGCAACAUUGGUGACGUGGACCUGAGCAGACUGUACGCAGCCACGUCUCUGAUGCAGAUCGACGACAGCAUCAUGAGGAAAUUUCACGGGCACAGCUCCUUGAAGGAGUACUACGAGAAGGAGAGCUGUGUGCAGUACAUCCAAAAAGUCACUGUGCCUCUCUUCCUGGUAAACUCCUCGGAUGACCCACUCAUUCAUCAGUCUCUACUGGAAAUACCACGCACACUCGCAGAAAAGAUGCCCAACGUGAUGUUCGUCCUGACCCAACACGGAGGUCACCUGGGCUUCUUUGAGGGAGCCAUGCUGAUCCCUCAGCCCCUCACCUGGAUGGACAAGGUCAUAGUUCAGUACACCAACGCCAUCUGCCACUGGGAGAAGAACCGGCCACCCUGUCAGAGAGCAGCGACCGGGACACGAACUGCUGCCUGAAGAGAACUGGGGUAACAAUCAACGGGGAACAAAACGGACAUAGAAGUCCGGAGACUAAACAAUAGACCAAAACAUCCUCCUCUGUAUUUGGUACAUUUCACUACUAGUGGCCUUAAAGUUCAGUAAGGGCUUCUGGGAAAUGUAGGAAGUCUCUACAAUGGAUUAGAAAAGGGCUAAAUUGAAGUGGACGUGCUAAUUUAUGUGUUGAAACUCGUGUGAGAUACCUGAAAAUGUAACAUGACCCCAUGUUGAAUUGGUCCUUCCUCUUGUUCCCAGUUAACCUCCAGUGUAACACGAGUUCACCCUCUGCUGUUUUUUUGGCAGCUGCUGCUUCUUGAACCUGGAAAGCAGGGUGAUAUAAUUAGUAGGGGGAUGGGGUGGGGGUCGUAAGGUCAUCAGAGGAUGAAUGUGACCUUUGACCUGCAUGUAGAAAGAAGAAAAAAGUGUCUUUCUACAUUAAUACUACUGAAAAAUGUUUGAGAUAAUCAAAUAUUCAUAAGUCAGCUUAUAUACAAAUAACAGAACUAGAAUAACUUAGUCGUUAAUGAAAACUGGAAAUUUACCUAAGUGUGAAGGACAAAGACUGAAGCCUAAAACCUUUAACCAUAAUAUACUUUAAAAUACACCUGAAGACCCAUCAGUUAUAUUUUGAAGCAUAUUAUUAUCUAUUUAAAAAGACUUUCAUGAUUCAAUACCAGAUGUUAAGUGCCUUAAUAUAAAUGUAAAUCUAUAACGCAUUUGGCUUCUCCUGAAUCAUUGAGCUACCUCUAAUAAGAAGCAGGAUGACGUGAUUUAUGGUUUACUGUUUACUGUUACUGAUUUCCAGCUGUUGCUCAACAUCUAGGUCUGCCGUGUUCAGUGGAAAUAUUUUUUGAUUAACAUUGAUAUAAUAUGAUCUUGUAUGUUUCCAUUAAGAGAAGUUUGUUGUUUUGUUGCAGGAGGAAUGUGUUAAAAACACCCAGUUCGAUUUAUUUAUAUAUAUCAUUCUAUUUAGAUAGAUUUAUAUAUAUUGAUGCAUAAUUUUGCUCAUUUGACUCCAGAUUUUCUUUUUGCAUUUCCAUUGUGAACAGUGGACCAUUAGCAUUUAUUGUUGCUGCUGACCUUCUCAAAAAGUCCACGUUCAGGACGGAGCUGGGUCAGACUGUGUUUACAACAAAAAGGAGAGAAGAGAGAUAAAGUGGGACACAAACUGUAAGCGUACUAGAUAAGAAAUUCCCAUUGUGGUCUCUCAAUUUACGCACUUACCAAGCAAAUGGACCAAAGCACUCUUCACUUUUCAAUAUAAAGUAUCUCAACUUCGUACUUUUUUUAAUGAUUUUGCAGCAUUUUCAGCAUCUCAAACACAAUGGAAGUCUCACAUUAGACUUGUAUUAACUUUGAACAAGGGCUAAUUGAUACGUUUCAUAAGUUGUUUUUUGUGGGGGGGCUUGUUUUAAGCUGCUUAUUGCUACGUACCGGAGUUUGUCACGUAAAAACAAACAAAAAAAUAAAUAGAGUGAAGAGAGGAGAAAAGACAGAAGGCUCAUGAAAACUUACCUCUGUUUAUGUCUAAUGGUUGGGUAUAUUUUUCUGAAAAAUGUACUGAUAAAGGUCUCAAACGUUGACAAAAUAAGAGGUGGAUUUUAUGUGAAGAAAUCGUUUGUAUUCUGCGGUUAAUUCUGGGCCUGUGGGCUGAAUGUUUGAUACAUGAGUCACAGUUUCCUGUGAGUAACAUCCUGUCUCCUGUAAGUAAAUGCAGGACAUCCCCUCCCACCGAGUUCAUGCAAGUCUUAUUAACCAACAUAUCAUCAAUAAGAUUUAAUGCAACUUUAAUUCUCUUUCCUUUUUAAAGCUGAAUAUAACCUGAAAGCGCCACUGUUGUGUGCGAUAUGUCCUGACUGAAACGGACUGUUUUAUUUGCACUUUACUGUCUUUAGACUUUUUCUUUAUCUGCUUUUGGGUGUAACUUUUGUAAUCUAAUCUUAAUGGGUUUUGUUCUGAUAUGGUGCACAUUCAUGACUAGUUAGUCAUAUUUGAACUCACCCAUGAAUAAAUA